AUGCUUCCAACGCCACCGCAAUCACCACCUCCAGUCUCCUUCUGCGAUGCGCCAGAGGACAGAUUGGGUCUGCUGCUUGCGAAUCGGUUAGAGCUCACCGCCAUCCUUGGGGUAGGUGCCUAUGGCGUUGUCUAUUCCGCCAUUGACAUCCAAACCCAUGUGUCCUAUGCCGUCAAGGCCCUCAACAAGUCUGGCCUGGAUCCCAGACAGCGCAAGUUUCAACAGCGGGAAAUCAAACUGCACCACAUGGCGAGCCAUCACCCCAAUGUGGUAUCUCUAGUCCGCAUCUUGGAUUCGCAUGACUGCACUUUUGUUGUUCUUGAGUUUUGCCCCGAGGGUGACCUGUUCUCCAACAUCACCGAGCGGAACCAAUUUGUGGGAAAUGAUUUUCUAGCCAAGCGGGCGUUCCUUCAAAUUCUGGAUGCCGUGGACUUUUGCCACUCCAUAGGUAUCUAUCAUCGGGAUCUGAAGCCAGAGAAUAUUCUCGUAUCCGAUCAUGGAAUGACUGUCAAGCUUGCAGACUUUGGUCUCGCAACAACCGAUUCUUAUACGUCUGAUUUCGGCUGUGGAUCCACGUUUUACAUGUCGCCAGAAUGUCAACAAUCUAAUUCGACGCCAUAUGCAUCUGCCCCAAACGAUGUAUGGAGCCUUGGUGUCAUACUUGUCAAUCUCUGCUGUGGCCGCAAUCCCUGGAAAAAGGCUUCUCCCGAGGAUUCCACUUUUAAUGCCUACUUGAAGGACCGUGAAUUUCUCAGAACAAUCUUGCCACUGUCACCCGAAUUGAACUCGAUUUUGAAGCGUAUCUUUGACUGUGAUCCUCUGAGCAGAAUCAGUCUGCCGGAACUCCGCAAGGUGGUCCUGGAAUGCCCAAGAUUUACUGUCCGUUCUGGUUGCAACAUGCCUAUUACGCCAACAUCCUCUUGUUCCAGCUAUGAUUAUGCCAAGGCACCGUUUGGCUAUAUCCCAUUCAAUCCUUAUCCACCAUCUCCCGCAGAACCGAUUGAAGCCGAAUAUUCGAGCUCUGCAGUUUCGGAUACCUCUUUGACCGAUGACGACUCCUCCGUCUCCUCAUCCUCGUCUUCGGAAUACGCCCCUCCCAACUCGCUGAACCAGUUCAAAUUCGUCCCGGCUACCAUCCCACCCAAUUACUGGGGCUCGUUCAUUCCUAUUAUUGGGGACAAGCCCGCAGUCCGCCAAUGCCACCUUGAACCGCUGGUGGCUGGGGAAGGCGAACAACAAAAAUCGAUCCUCCUCGCUCUUCCCGUUGACAUGGUGGUCAUUAUCCCAACUUAUUCCUGGAACUCGCAUGACCUUGAUAACGAAUCUCUUUGCUUUGUUUUGAAUCCUACCAUGGAUCGGAGUUGGAACGGCCUCCGUCUAAAUACGUCUUCUAAAAGGGGAAUCGACAUUAUCCAUUCCUCCCACGAUACCUUCUAA